AUGGUGCGUGUGUGGGGGCUGAUGCUCGUGUGCUGGUCUCCUCUGUGUCUCUCAUCCACAGUGAGUUUCAUCGGCUCACCUCAAGAGUGUAAGACGGCUCGCUUUGUCCCUGGUUACAACCUGGGUGGAGAAGGCUUCGACAUCGUCACAAUGAAGAGGAAAGGUGCCUACGUCAUCGACACUGAAACAUGGGACCUUGGAAACAAAAAGUGCAAUAUGUACAGAAACAGCUACAUGAAGGGUGAGAAGCAGAAGGUCCCGGCUGCCGUGGUGGACUGGAGAGCCCUGCCCAAAUGCAGCUUGAAGGUUUCCAGUACGUCCUACGAUUCGGUCGAAAGUCUCGUCAACGACUCCACAUCAUCUGUGUCCAACAACUGGAAAAUUGGCCUCGAUAUCCCUGUUCACCCUUCAGUCUCUGUUGGGGUUGGUUUUGGAGGUUCACAUUCCAAGGCAUCUGAAUUUGGGAUGAGAAAGUCUAAACGAGACCGCUACGACUUUGUUCGCCAUUCUGUUCAUUGUAACACCUACAGAUACAGAAUGGCAACGAAUCCUCUGCUGAGUCAUGAAUUUCUUUCAGCUGUGAACUCUCUUCCUCCUUAUUCCUAUGACACUGCAGUGUUUUAUCGCAAUCUGAUCGACACCUAUGGUACACACUACAUCACGCAGGUCUCUCUUGGAGGGGAAAUUAAAGCCAUCACAUCAUUCAGUACCUGCAAGACAACCAUGAGGGGACUGACAGCAACGGAUGUAAGUAAUUGUUUGUCAGUUGAGGCCUCAGUUACCUUCGCACAAUCUGCGAGCAUUCAAGCCAUGUACGAACAUUGUCAGGCAAUGAAGAAGAAACUGGUAUCUGGACAGAGUUUCAGCUCUUUGUUCACUGAGCGUUUCACAGAAGUCAUUGGUGGGGAUCAAAACGGUAUUGCGUUAUUCCUUGAGAACUCAGACCCCAGCAUCGUCAGUAACUGGGUCGAUUCUCUGAAAACUUCACCUGAUGUUAUCCAGUACAACCUGAAACCCCUCCACACCAUCUUGCCAAACAAUCAUAAAGCCUGGAAAGGACUGAAGAAAGAGGUGGAGAAGUACAUCAAGAACAAUGCAGUGCUGAAAAAAUGUUCAGAGUCCUGUCCGAUUGGACACAGAUCCAGCAGAAGAGAUCCCUGUGCUUGUGUCUGCAACGGUAACGAGAUGAUCAGGUCAAACUGCUGUCCUGCUGGCAGAGGUCUUGCAACAUUAGAGGUGUUUGGACUUUAUGCACAUGGUCUCUAUGGUGACAGGACCACCAAGACAGAUGGGUCAGUGGUGGUUAGAUAUAAGGACCAGAUCAAGCGCACUGCUAUUAUAGCAAAUAAUGACAACCCUCGCUGGUCAGAGGUAUUUGAGUUUGGACCCAUUGCCAUCAAUAUGGCGAAUCAGCUGACGUUUAGUGUUUAUGAUGAAGAUAAAUACUGGAACAGCGAUCUCCUGGGGACGUGUUCAUUUUCUCUUCGUGCAGGUCAAGUUUCUGACAGCUGCAUGUUUGACCACGGUACUUUCUUCUUUUCAUACAAAGUUCAGUGUGCUCCAGGUCUUGGUGGUAGCCUGUGUGAUGAGUACAUCCCCUCUCCAAUGUCCUUGGCUGCGGCCUUCUACACCAGGAACGGGGUUCUGGUUGGAGAGUCGGAGAAGAAUGUUGAUUCAGCUGUUGAUUCAGCUGAUCAGUUGGGUUGGAGUUUUACCUUUAGAAUAGUUUGCUUCUUGUGCAGCCUUCUUUUCUUUUCUUUUCUCCCAUGUUCAUUUUAAAAAUAUGUGUUUAUGAAGACCUAAGCGAUUUCUUUACCUUUAAGUUUCUUUUUUUAAUCUGCAUUUUCUGGCAAUAAAGCAUC